AUGGCAGAACAGCAACAACAACAACAAUCGCAGCAACAGCAAAACCGACGACCCUCAGGUCGUAUGGGACGGCGUUUUACACUAAAUCCCUUGAUAUUUGCAAAAGAAGAGCGAGAUGCUAGACGUCAAUCACUGGCGCAGCUCAAACUUUCAUAUUAUCCGCAAAAUGCUCAUCUAACGAAAGUUAUCGAAAUAAUCGAAGAGGUUGUGCCCACGUUUAGGGCAACUAUUGAGCAAAAGGCAUCUACUAAGUUUCGACGAGUUAUUAAUUAG